CAUGAGGCACAUUACUGACCCUCCCUGCAAACAUUUCCUUUGGAAACGGAUGACUCUGUCUUCUUCUCCUAUAGCUCUGGAUUUUGAUUUAAAGAAAGUGCUUUUAAAAUACUGUAUAUGGAAUUUUUUGUGAUGUGCUCUUGAAAUCUUCAGCUCAGAAAGGGAACAUUUUACUUUUUGUUUGAUUGUUUUGUCGAUUUCAGUUGAUUAACUUAAUAUUCAGGGAUGUGCUGUUAAAGCAUAAAGUUUGUUAUCUGAAAUGGUAAGAAGACUUCAGAAAAAACGUACUGUACUAGAAAAUGUAUGAGAGGAAACGGGAUCUCUUAUGAAGAAUUGAAGAUGUGGAAAUUUUACCAUUGACAGUACUUGGAAUCUUGCUGAAGCCGUCUAUAAAUCACGGAGACCGCAUAUUUAACAAGCAUGUUAUGUUGAUCUCACCUAUAGAAAGAUGACAGCAGAUAAGCAAAUUACCCUAAUCUUGUUAUUACUGCAAAUCUUAAACUACGUGGAAUCCCAAGUCAACCCAGCGGUCUGUCGGUACCCUUUGGGUAUGACUGGAAGACAAAUUCCAGAUGAAGACAUAACUGCAUCUAGUCAGUGGUCUGAAUCUACUGCAGCCAGAUAUGGCAGGUUGGAUCUAGAAGAAGGAGAUGGUGCUUGGUGUCCUGAGAUGCCAGUAGACCCAGAAGAAUUAACUGAGUUUCUGCAGAUUGAUUUACGAGUUCUCCAUUUCAUAACCUUGGUAGGCACUCAAGGUCGACAUGCUGGAGGACAUGGCAAUGAGUUUGCGCAGAUGUUCAAAAUAAACUACAGCCGUGAUGGCACUCGUUGGAUUUCUUGGCGAAAUCGCCAUGGCAGCCAGGUUCUUGAAGGGAAUGUCAACCCAUAUGACAUAGUAUUAAAGGAUCUUGAGCCUCCUAUAAUUGCGAGAUUUCUACGCUUUAUCCCAGUGACUGACCAUUCUAUGAAUGUAUGUUUACGAGUUGAGCUAUAUGGCUGUGUCUGGCUAGAUGGAUUGGUAUCUUACAAUGCACCAUCUGGACAACAAUUCCUUCUGCCCGAGGGACAGUUUGUUAAUUUAAAUGAUACCAUUUAUGAUGGAGCAGUUGGCUACAGCAUGACUGAAGGACUGGGCCAACUGACUGAUGGUGUUUCUGGACUUGAUGACUUCACUUUGACCCAUGAGUACCACAUGUGGCCUGGAUAUGACUAUGUAGGGUGGAGCAAUGAAAGUUUCCCCAAUGGAUAUGUGGAAUUCAUGUUUGAAUUUGACAGAAUAAGAAAUUUCACGACAAUGAAGGUACAUUGCAACAACAUGUUCUCAAAGGCUGUGAAGAUUUUCAAGGAGGUGCAAUGCUUCUUUAGAUCUGAGGCUAAUGAGUGGGAAGCCAAUUCUGUCUUAUCUGUCUUGAUACUGGAUGAUGCCAAUCCCAGUGCCCGCUAUGUCACUGUUCAACUUCAUAAUCGCAUGGCCAGGGCAAUUAAAUGCCAGUACUACUUUGCUGACUCUUGGAUGAUGUUUAGUGAGAUCACCUUCCAGUCUGAUGCUGCUAUGUACAACAAUACACUGAGUCCCCCACGGCCAGCUAGUGUUCCAACAACAUAUGAUCCCACUCUUAAAAUAGAUGACAGCAAUACACGCCUUCUGAUUGGCUGCUUAGUUGCCAUCAUAUUCAUACUGGUAGCAAUUAUUGUUAUAAUACUUUGGCGACAGUUUUGGCAGAAGAUGCUUGAGAAGGCCUCCAGACGGAUGCUGGAUGAGGAACUGACCGUCAGCCUCUCACUGCCCAGUGACUCCAAUACAUACAAUGCAAAUCGAAGACAUGAAUCUGUGUCAGCCAGCGAACAUGAAUCCAACUCCACUUAUGAUAGGAUAUUUCCACUUGGUCCAGAUUAUCAGGAGCUCACAGCCCAAGCGGUGGUAGAGGAAGAGGCUGGUAGUUCUGCAGGAAAGCUAGCUCUGCCAUCUAACGUUGAUGGCGUUCCUCACUAUGCGGAGGCAGAUAUAGUGAAUUUGCAAGGAGUGACUGGUGGUAACACAUACUCUGUUCCAGCAAUGACAAUGGACCUCCUAUCUGGAAAAGAAGUAGCAGUGGAAGAAUUUCCAAGGAAGCAUUUAACUUUCAAAGAAAAACUUGGGGAAGGUCAGUUUGGAGAGGUUCACCUUUGUGAGGCUGAGGGAGUGGAGAACUUUCUGGACAAGGAUUUGAUUCUGGACACAAGUAUUGGUCAACCAACAUUGGUGGCAGUAAAAAUGCUCCGAGCAGAUGCCAAUAAGAAUGCCAGAAAUGAUUUUCUAAAGGAGAUAAAGAUAAUGUCCAGAUUAAAGGACCCCAAUAUAAUUCGACUGUUGGCAGUGUGCAUUACAGAGGACCCAUUAUGCAUGAUUACAGAAUAUAUGGAAAAUGGAGAUCUAAAUCAGUUUCUGUCCCGUCAACAAGCAGAGAAGGAACCUCUAAGUGCCACCUCGAACAUCACUUACUCAGACCUCAGAUACAUGGCUGCACAGAUCGCUUCGGGAAUGAAGUACCUCUCUUCUCUUAAUUUUGUACAUCGAGAUCUUGCAACACGGAACUGCCUUGUUGGUAGAAAUUACACAAUUAAAAUAGCUGAUUUUGGAAUGAGUCGGAACCUCUAUAGUGGGGAUUAUUAUAGGAUUCAGGGUCGGGCUGUGCUCCCCAUUCGAUGGAUGUCAUGGGAAAGCAUCUUAAUGGGCAAAUUCACAACAGCCAGUGAUGUCUGGGCUUUUGCUGUCACCUUAUGGGAGAUGUUGACUUUUUGUCAGGAACAGCCCUAUAGCGAGAUGUCUGAUGAGCAGGUCAUUGAGAACACAGGGGAGUUUUUUCGAGACCAAGGGAAACAGGUACACCUUCCUCAGCCAGACAUCUGUCCAGACGUUGUUUACAAACUCAUGCUAAGCUGUUGGCGUAGGGAAACUAAAGACCGGCCAAGCUUCCAAGAGAUCUACCACAUUUUGCAACCAGAGCCUAAUUUAGAGGACUGAUCAAUAAAUACAGAUGAAGAAACUACUCUGUAAGAACAUAGGAAAUGUAUCCUAAAGAUAUGUUAAAUUGAACAUGCCACCAAAAUAUAUGGAUCCUUGAAAAUUCUUAAUUUUGUUCUUUUCGAAUUGAAAAUGAGCACAUAUUAACAUCUAGGGGUAAAUUUACUAAGGUGGGAGAUUUUUAGA